AUGAGUCGAGUACAUAUGGAAAACCACGAGCUCAGGGAGAUGGGCCCCGAUACCAAGGGGUCCCGGACGCAUCUCGAUGACAUCUCGCAGCGCGAGUAUGAGGAUCGCGCGCAGCUGAUUCGCCUGGGCAAAAAGCCCGCCCUCAAGCGCAACUUUAGCUUCUUGACCAUUCUCGGCUUUAGCUGCGCCGUCCUCGUCACCUGGGAGGGCGUGCUCAUGAGCUUCGCGCCGGGCCUUGCCAACGGCGGUCCCGGCGGUCUCGUCUACGGCUUCCUGUUUGUCUGGGCCGGCAACAUCACCGUCUUCUCGACGCUGUGCGAGCUGGUCUCGAUGGCGCCGACGUCGGGCGGCCAGUACCACUGGGUGUCGAUGAUGGCGCCGCGGAGCUGCGCCAAGUUUCUCAGCUACAUCACGGGCUGGCUGACGGUGGCUGGGUGGCAGGGCACGGCGGCGUCGGGCGCGUACCUGGCCGGUAGCAUGAUGCAGGGCCUCGUCAGCUUCACCCGGCCCCAGUACGACGGGCAGACGUGGCAGGGCACGCUGAUUGUCUGGGCCGUGGUGCUCGUCGCCGUCUUCAUCAACACCGUCGUCAGCUCGCUGCUGCCCAAGAUUGAGGGCAUGAUUCUCGUGCUGCACAUUGUCGGCUUCUUUGGCGUGCUUAUUACGCUCCUGACGUUUGGUGCGCAGGGCGAUGCGUCGGCCGUCUUUGCCACGUUUCGCAACGAGGGUGGGUGGCCCACGCAGGGUCUUUCCUUCUUUGUCGGCCUCUUGGGACUUAUCUUUUCCUUUGCCGGUGUCGACUGUUCUUUUCACAUGUGUGAAGAAGUUCAAAACCCUUCCGUUGCUGUGCCCCGGUCCAUCAUGGGUAGUAUCUUCAUUAACGGUCUCAUGGGCUUAGCAAUGGUUAUUUCCAUGCUCUUUGCCGCCACCAACAUUGAUGAAGCCCUCCAGUCGACCAGCGGAUACCCCUUCAUCGAAAUUUUUUUCCAAGCAACGAACUCCAGGGGCGGCACCGCCGUCAUGGCCUCGCUGAUCAUCUUCAUGACCAUCUCUGCCGUCGUCGGUGUCAUUGCCACAACGUCCCGAAUGUUCUGGGCUUUUGCCCGUGAUCGCGCUCUGCCAUUUUGGCGCACAUUGUCCAAGGUCGACCCUACUACUCAGGUGCCCAUCUGGGCCAUCGGCGUCACAAGUCUAAUCUCCUGCCUCUUGGCCCUCAUCAACAUUGGCUCCACGGUCGUGUACAAUGCACUCGUCUCGUUGUCCAUUACCGGCUUGUACUCGUCCUACCUGAUUGCCGCCUCUCUGCUGUUAUGGCGCCGAUGCACCAACGGCUUCUCAAUGCCCGACGGGAGCUCCCUUCCUGCUCUCGCGGAUGGUGACAAUACAGAGGGACUCGUAUGGGGGCCAUGGCGCGUACCGGGCGUUCUCGGCAUUGUCAACAACAGUCUCGCCUGCGCCUACCUGGUCAUCAUGUGGUUCUUUACCUUUUGGCCACCAGCCCUGGUGUACGAGGCCAAGGACAUGAACUUUAGUGUUUUGAUGACGGGAUUCGUCGUCAUCUUUAGCAUCGUGUACUACCUUGUUUGGGCAAAGAAGGAUUACAAGGGACCUAUUCGCGAGAUCUAG